AUGGCCAGACGCGCCUUCCCGCGCCCGACUCUACCCGCGGCGGUCUUGUGCUCUCUUCUGCCGACUCUCCACUCACCUCCCACCCCAUUGUCGCUGCUAGUGAAGUACAAGCACACACACACACACACACACACACACACACACAUACCACAUACCGCUGCUAUCAGCCUCGACGGUAACGCACCGUCUCGUGUCAUGUACGGUGACAAGGGCCCGCCCAAGGGCUACAGUGUCCCUCGGUUUGACACCAACGCCAGCAAGCGAUGCCAGACAUGUUCAAGCACGGUGCAUUGGACCUUUGAGUGUCCGCUGAAAAAUUCGGCCACAUUGUCUGCCAAGAAGAGCGCCGCCACCACGGUGAAGCUAAGCCCGAGUCAGAUGCUGAGGUACGGGAUAAAGCAGAAGUCUGCUAAUUUUGUUUCAGAGCCCACGGAGCGCGAAGUGUUCGAUGCGGAGCUGAGGGAGCUGCGCAGCGUGCUGACAGCGGAGGUGCGCCAGGAGCUCAAGGCGAAAAAGUCUGCGGCACACAAGAGUGGGAAUGACUGCAAGAAGCACGAGGCACCGCUGCCCUCUGCAGCACCCAAAAAAGAGCCGCCGUCCGACUCCGUCACGAUGAAGACGGAGCGUACGGAGGAGGAAGAGUGA